CUUAAAUUCUAACCUUUCAGCCUCCAGGAGAGGAACCUCUUGGUCGACUGGAACCUCUCAGCAAUGGGCCUUUGCUUGCACUUGUGCACAAAAUGAACAACUGUCUGAGCCAGAUGGAGCAAUUUCCAGUGAAAGUGCACGAUUUUCCAAGUGGGAAUGGGACCGGAAGCAGGGGAUCGCAGGCCUUGAAAUUCUUCAAUACGCAUCAGUUAAAAUGCCAGCUACAGAGACACCCAGACAGUACCAAUGUCAAGCAAUGGAAGGGCGGUCCUGUGAAGAUUGAUCCAUUGGCUUUAGUACAGGCUAUUGAGCGCUAUCUUGUCGUCAGAGGGUAUGGAAGAAUACGAGAGGAAGAUGAAGAUAGUGAUGAUGAUGGCUCAGAUGAUGAAAUUGAUGAAUCAUUGGCUGCCCAGUUCUUGAAUUCUGGAAGUGUAAGACAUAGACUACAGUUUUACAUAGGCGAUCACUUACUGCCUUACAAUAUGACUGUUUACCAAGCUGUCAGGCAGUUCAGUGUUCAAGCUGAUGAUGAAAGGGAGUCCACAGAUGAUGAAAGUAACCCAUUAGGAAGAGCAGGAAUAUGGACUAAGACGCAUACAAUAUGGUAUAAGCCUGUGAGAGAAGAGGAGGAGGGAACAAAGGAUACAGUUGGUGGAAAGCGAGGACGAGCUCAGACUGCACCCACAAAAACCUCCCCAAGAAAUGCAAGAAAACAUGACGAGCUGUGGCAUGAUGGUGUGUGCCCUCCAGUGGGAAAUCCUUUGGAAACAUAUCUUCUUUCAGGUCCUCCAGAUGGUAUAACAUUUGAGGACCCAUCGCUUGAUGUGAUUCUGCUUCUGAGAGUGCUUCAUGCUAUCAGUAGAUACUGGUAUUACCUAUAUAAUAAUGCAGUGUGUAAAGAGAUUAUCCCAACAAAUGAAUUGAUUAACAGCAAACUAACUGCAAAGGCUAACCGUCAACUUCAAGAUCCCCUGGUUAUUAUGACGGGAAAUAUACCAAUUUGGUUGACUGAAUUGGGAAGGACCUGCCCAUUUUUUUUCCCAUUCGACACACGGCAAAUGCUGUUCUAUGUGACUGCGUUUGAUCGAGAUCGAGCCAUGCAGAGAUUACUAGAUACUAACCCAGAAAUCAAUCAGUCUGAUUCGCAAGAUAGCAGAGUUGCUCCUCGUUUGGAUCGGAAAAAGCGUACUGUGAACAGGGAAGAGUUGUUAAAACAAGCAGAAUCGGUAAUGCAGGAUUUAGGAAGUUCACGGGCAAUGUUGGAGAUUCAAUAUGAAAAUGAAGUUGGGACGGGCCUAGGUCCAACAUUGGAAUUCUAUGCACUUGUAUCUCAGGAACUGCAGAGAGCUGAUCUGGGUCUGUGGCGGGGAGAUGAAGUCACACUGUCCCAUCCUAAAGGUAGCCAAGAAGGGACCAGAUACAUCCAUAAUCCACGGGGCCUUUUCCCUGUCCCUUUCGGAAGGAAUACAAAGCCGGCACAUGUGGCUAAAGUGAAAAUGAAAUUGCGAUUUUUGGGCAAGUUUUUGGCCAAAGCAAUCAUGGACUUUCGAUUGUUGGAUUUGCCUCUUAGUCUAUCAUUUUACAAAUGGAUGCUGCGGCAAGAAAUUUCCCUCUGCUCUCAUGACCUUUUCAACAUUGAUCCAGUUGUAGCAAAAUCAAUUUGUCAUCUUGAGGAUAUCAUAAAACAAAAGAAGAAAUUAGAGCAGGACAGAUCACAGAGCAAAGAAUGUCUUCAACAGGCUCUGGAAAGCCUCAAUAUGAAUGGCUGCUCUGUGGAAGAUCUUGGACUGGACUUCACACUACCUGGAUAUGCCAGUGUUGAACUGAAAAAAGGAGGGAAGGAUACAGUUGUCACCAUACACAAUUUGGAGGAGUAUCUCCGGCUGGUAGUUUACUGGACCUUGAAUGAAGGUGUUUCUAAGCAGUUUGAAUCUUUUCGAGAUGGCUUCGAGUCAGUUUUUCCACUCCAUCACUUGCAGUAUUUUUACCCUGAGGAGUUGGAUCAGCUACUCUGUGGCUCCAAAUCAGAGGCAUGGGACGUGAAAACUUUAAUGGAAUGUUGCAGGCCAGAUCACGGAUAUAAUCAUGACAGUCGUGCCGUGAAAUUUCUGUUUGAAAUACUCAGUAGUUUUGAUGGUGAGCAACAAAGACUAUUUCUUCAAUUUGUUACUGGAAGUCCACGACUACCUGUCGGAGGGUUUCGGAGUUUAAACCCCCCACUCACCAUUGUCCGCAAGACAUUUGAAUCCACAGAAAAUCCUGAUGAUUUCUUACCCUCUGUAAUGACCUGUGUUAAUUAUCUCAAGUUGCCAGAUUACUCCAGUAUCGACAUAAUGCGUGAAAAACUUUUAAUAGCUGCUAGAGAAGGGCAGCAAUCGUUCCAUCUCUCCUGAUCACAGCAUCUGAAUCUUCAAGCUGCCUGUUACAACAAAUGACAAAAUCAUGAUUUAUUUUCUAAGUGUAUCACUGCAUCAAGGCAAUGUGUACAGCGUACUUAUUGUAGAAAUGGCUUGGGUAUGCUGCAAAUCUUCAACAAAAAGACUUGGAUGGUAUAUUUAUUAAAAUAGCCCUUAUGGACUGAAAAAAUGAAAAAAAGACCCCAAAGUUAAUGCAAGAUUUAAACAAAAAUAAAUUCUUAAAGAAGUUCUUGUUAAUUUAACAAUUAUUUGGGUGCAGUUUUUAAAUUGCUUUUUUUCUGUGUGGUAUUCAAAAUCAAAAGAAAGGGAUGUUUUUUCUUCCAGGAUGACGGAACAAUAAAAUGUCACUGUGCAGUUUGGUAUUGGUGUGUAUAUCCAUCUGGAGCCUACAUUUCUGGUGGUUUUUUUUGUUUUUGUUUCCAAAGAUUAAUAUGUACAAACAUGCAAAAAUGACAGACUUAAACCUUGCAUAAAAUAAUUUAAGCUCUGGUUAGUGUCAUUUGCAUUUUUCUCUUGUCUAUCUUCACCCUCUCUUCCAUUUAGUUUGUCCAUUUAUGUUUAACUCAUCUGCACUUGUGUGAUGUAACAUAGGGUUCUGCUUUUUUGUGAUGUUUCUUAAGCAGAUAAUUCAGCAAAUGGUUAAGCCAAGGGCUUGAAGAUUUUAAGCAUUUCUUAACCUCCAUUGGCCCAACAAUUGUAUCAUAGUCUAAAAUUUAUUUGUUUCCAAUAUACAAAUUCUAGUAUUUGCCAGUAGUUUUAUUGUAAAAUAAUAGGACUGUUGGCAGAAGCCUUUAAUCUCUCUCUAGAUUUGUUUACAGAAUGACUUCAGGCAACAAUUAACAAUACUCAGAAAUCCCCUUUUUUCCUUUUUUUAAAACCUAUAGUUUAAACCAAUAUUGGGCUGGUUAGUCUGUUAUUCAAGGGACAGGUAGCAUUUCCAGUUGGUGUAAAACUUUGAGGAAAGUUCCACUUGCUGUUAUGGUGGGACAGUUGCUUUAUCUUGUUUAAUUUACCUUGUUGUAGUUCACUUGUUUUUUGCACUGCUAGCUUUGAACAAAAGUAAUAGUUGAGCUCUCUUGGUUUGAUAAGGAUAGUGCACCUGUAAACACUGCUCUGUCCAACUGUUCAUGUGCUGAUUUCUGAAAUCUGCAAUAACUACUUCAUCAGGUUAAUGUUUUUACCUGAACAUAAAUAAAUAAAAUGUUUGACUCA